AUGGUGGGGGAGCGCAAGAGGCCCCCCCCUGUCUCCUUUCCUGUCCCUAUACCUCCUUCCUUUGUCAACUCCUUUGCGCUCCCUGCUGCCAGCAGCAGCAGCGGCAGCAGCAACAGCAGCAGCAGCAUAGCAGCAGGGGCCACAAGCUGCAGCUUCUCUCCAUUCUCUUAUGCGGAGCCCUUAGGUUAUAUCACGGAGACUGCGACACCCCUGGGCCCCCUGGGGGGCCCCCUGGGGGCCCCUGGGGCCCCCCUGGGGCCCCCUAUGUUGUCCUUUGACAAGAGGCGGCGUCUCGAUAUUCCCACAGAUGUGGGGCCCCCCGAUGCUGCUGCUGCUGCUGCUUCUCCUGCUGCUGCUCCUGCUCCUGCUGCUGCUCCUGCUGCUGAUAGUCUCCGUGAGAGUUUCUCUGCAGCAGAGAGCAGCAAUCAGCAGCAAGAGAGGGGACUCUUGCGUAAACGCCGUCCCCUGCAGCGGCAGCCGUCCUCUCCUCCCGACGAACAGCAGCAGCAACAGCAGCAGCAGCAGCAGCAGCAGCAGCAGCAGGUGCAUGCACAAGGCAUAAGACCUGCGAAGGAUCAGUUUGCUGUUGCUGCUGCUGUGCUGCAGUCCUUACCAAUAUGGCGUCGUCACCCUGAAUCUCUUCCUGCCUUAUUAAAGGCAGCAGCAGCAGCAGCAGCAGCCCGACGUAUGGGUGCCCCCCAGGGCCCCCAAGGUGCCCAGGGGGCCCCGGGGGCCCCCAUAAAAAAAGACCCUUUAUUAGAUGGAGACCCUUUUGCUGCAGCAACUAUCCAUUGGGAGUGUAAGAGGCAGGCUGUCUGUGUUAAGGCAUUUAGGGGGUUACCCUUCGCAGCAAACCCUAAACGUAAUCGUACCCUCAAACCCUCUCCAGGGGGCCCCCAGGGGGGCCCCAAGGUCCCUGCUGCUACUGGUGGUGGUGCUGCAGCAGGAACAGGAGCAGCAGGAGCAGCAGGGGCAGCAGAUAGGGAUGUUUGCAACAGGCGAGCAGGCACGCACCAGAAGGGAGAAAAGGUACAGGGGAAAGAGGCAGGGGGAUCUGUUCUUGCUGCAGAGGCCCUUGCUGCUGCUGCAGUUGCUGCUGCGUGUCAUGCUGCUCCUGCAGUCAGAAGCAACGAACAGCAGCAGCAGCAGCAGCAAGAGCAACAGCAGCACCAUGCUUCUGCUGGGAAGGCAUCUGUGUUUCUCCUCUCUUGGUCAUUCUCGCAGCAACAGCAGCAGCAGCAGAAACAGGAGCAAGAACCAGAGCAGCAGCAGCAGGAAGCAGCCAUGGGGGCUGAUGCUGCUGCUGCUGCUGCAGGAGCAGCAGCAGCCCCUUCUGGUGGUGGCCUUGGAGACGCUGCUGAUAUCCUCGCGGUGUCUCCUGUUGCUGCAGGCAAUCCAAGGAGACUCACAUGCAGGCUUUGUGGGCAGCAGCAGGAGGGGACUGGCAGCAGCAAGCCUACGUUAAAGGACCUGGCGAUUGUGCUGCAGCAGCUCAGCAAACUCACCCCAGCCUGCUGCAGCUAUGCGCAGCAGCAGCAGCAGCAAACGCAGCAGCAGCAGCAACAACAACAUCUAGACCCGGGUUCAUUUUCUGCUGCAUGCACUGCUGCUGUGACAUGGCUGCAGCAACAGCUGCAGCUACACACAGCACUGUCUCCUUACCCAAGGACAUGCACAGCAGAGCAGCGGCUGCUGCUAGCAGCAUUUGCUGCUGAGGAGAUUAAGGUGUCUCCUUCGACCCCUGUUGCUGCUUCUGCUGGUGCUGCACGCCAAAGAUCUGCUGCACCUUUAGUCCAGCAGCAGCAGCAGCAGCAGCAGCAGCAGUUGCAGCAACAGCAGCAGCAGCAGCUGCCGUUGCCGCCAUCUGCUGCAGUGCGAGGAGAAACGACGUCUGCCCGUUUGUUGCAGGAGCAAGAAUUGACAUUGCUGCGUUUGCUGCAGCAGGAGCAGCAGCAUUUUGCUGCAGUUCCCUUUGAGGCCCCUGUGUUGCCUGUGCGUCGGGGUUUGCUGCGGGGGCCCCUUGGUCUUUGUGCUGCUGCAGCACCAACAGCAAAGUCUGCUGAAUUUCUUAUUGAGCAUCUCCGUGCUGCAGCAGAGAGCAAGAUGCUCGUCCCCUCUGUCUCUCAGGCCCUUUUUGCUGCUAAGCUGUGGGGCCCCACAGCAAGCAGCAGCAAACAUAACUACCGGGGCAGAGGCUUACUCCUACAGCAGCAGCGGCUGCAGAGCAGCAGGAGUCCCCCCUGCAGCAGUUGCUCCGUUGCAUUGGAAGCUGCUGCUGCUGCUGCUGCUGCUGAUGCUGCUGCUGCUGCUGAGCAAGCGCUUGUGCCUCGCGUCCUCGCCUUUCUCUCUGCUGCGCUGCUGCAGUUCUUGAGACAGUGGGAAGACGCAGGGGCAACUGCUGCAGCAAAUGCAGAUGCAGCAGCAGCAGCACCAGCAAGCGCACCAGCAGCAGCAGGUUUAGUAGAAGACGAUACAACAGGUGCUGCCACAGAUGCAUCAAAUGCAGCAGGAGGAGCAGCAACAGCAGAAACUGCAGCAAAUGCAGCAGCAGCAUCACCAUCAGCAGCAGGAUCACCAUCACCAUCACCAUCAUCAGCAUCAGCAUCAUCAUUAGGAGCAACAACAACAGCAGCAGCAGCAGAAAUAAGAGGAGGAGAUAGUAUUAAUAUAUAUAUAGAUGAAUUAUAUAGUGGUAUAUUAACAGAUAUACCUGUUGUGUCUCCUUCCUUACAGACAGAGUUUGUCUCCUUUGGAGGAAUGCCUAAUCCAUGUGACGAUACACAGACAGCUGCGGAGACACCUGAAGACGUGGGGUGGGAUCGGGAUCGUGUUGAGCAGCAACGGAAUCGAGAUGAGGAUCCCGUCUCCUGGCAGACUGUAGAUCUUUUUGCUUGGAGUCUACUUGAUGAAAACGGGGCUUCUGCUGAGGUGUCUCUGCAGCAGCGUCUGUCGAGGCCCUCCGCCCGUAAAAAGGGGGCCUUAAAACUGUCCCCUGUCGACUCCCCAGCCAACGCAGCAGCAGCAGCAGCAGAGCAGAGGGAGACAGCACGGGCACCUGAAUCACCAACUGUUGCAGGCGAAUCGAGGGCUGUGGAGACACCUGUAGCAGCAGCAGGACCAUCAUCAGCAAGACGAGCCGGUUUUGCUGCUGCUGCUGCUGCAAUGUAUCCUGAAGAUCCCCCGCUGCAAGGAGACAGCAGCAGCAGGGUACUAGCAGCACCAUGGCAAGCAGCAAGUGGUGCUGUAUUAGAGGUUGCUGCAGGGGAGGCGCAAAGACGCCGAUUGUCUCCUUUCUUUGGUCUCCUUAUGGAGGAGAGCGGGUGUUUGCCAGAGUCUGCUGACAUCCAGCAGCAGCGCAACGAAUUAUAUUUCUUAUAUGAUGCCCUCGACCGUCUGAGGGCGGCUCAGCUGCACGAAAGCCCAUCAAAGGCAACUCAACUCGCAGCGCGGCAAAAGUGUCUCCGCAUCGCCCGCUCUGCAGUGCACGGGUGGGGUGUCUUUGCUGGAGAGCCCAUAAGGCGAGGGGAGUUUAUAGUUGAGUAUGCGGGAAAUGCUGUCUCGGAAGCAAAGGCGAACUUCUUGCGUGUUAAUAUUGGUGGGGUUGUUAUGUUAUAUUAUGUGUUAAUAAGG